CAACACGCGCCAUUCGAUUGUGGAAAAUGCCACCAGAUGGCGGUUUAGGAUUGCUGCUCUUCUGAAAGGCGCGGUUCCUUCUCCCGGUCCAAUUUGCAAUUAAUAAAUCCAUUUAUACAUAAACUUUUGUCCAAUUUCGAAUCGCGGGAACGCCAAUGUACGCGACCAUGAGCACCUCAGACUCAAAAUAACAGUGUUAAUACUGUGAUCAGCACUUCAAACACAAAGACCUCCAACAAGCAGAGCUCUGCAACAUACAGUGCUACACAACAGACCUGUAACACACAACCUGGCUGUACAUUACCAUGAUCACCUCAGAGCUGCCAGUGCUACAGGACUCCGGUGAGUCGGGUCAGGACACAGUGGGUCUCAGCAUGAGUAUGAGCGAGCUGGAUGACCCUGGAGAUGGAAAGACUAAGAAGAAGAGAGGAAGACCUGGCAGACCACCUGCUCCCAACAAGAAACCCAGGAAGACGCCAUCGGAAAAGGCUUCUAUGGGGGUGGCACGUGGACGUAAGGCCAAUGGGAUGUCCCAGCAAAACGGAGAGGGAGAUCCUGUCACUCUAUUUGACGUGGUCAAACAGGGAAAGAGUGCCAUGCAGUCGGUGGUUGAUGACUGGAUUGAGUCGUACAAGCAGGAUAGAGAUAUAGCACUUUUGGACCUCAUAAAUUUCUUCAUCCAAUGCUCUGGCUGUAAAGGGACUGUUAGAAUCGAAAUGUUUCGGAACAUGCAGAACGCCGAAAUCAUCCGCAAGAUGACCGAAGAGUUUGACGAGGACAGUGGAGAUUACCCCUUGACCAUAUCCGGUCCAUUGUGGAAGAAGUUUCGCUACAACUUCUGCGAGUUCAUUGGCGUCCUUAUCCGACAGUGUCAGUACAGCAUCAUAUACGACGAGUACAUGAUGGACACGGUCAUCUCUCUGCUCACGGGUCUGUCCGACUCACAGGUCCGAGCCUUCAGACACACAAGCACUCUGGCAGCCAUGAAGCUCAUGACAGCUCUGGUGAACGUCGCACUGAACUUAAGCAUUCACCAGGACAACACACAGAGACAGUAUGAAGCAGAACGCAACAAGAUGGUGGGAAAGAGAGCCAAUGAGAAGCUCGAACUCCUACUUCAAAAGAGGAAAGAGCUUCAAGAAAACCAAGACGAAAUCGAAAACAUGAUGAACUCGAUCUUCAAGGGAAUCUUUGUUCAUCGUUAUAGGGAUGCGAUAGCUGAAAUCAGAGCGAUCUGUAUAGAGGAGAUUGGUGUGUGGAUGAAAAUGUAUAGCGAUGCCUUCCUGAAUGACAGCUACUUAAAAUACGUUGGAUGGACCUUACAUGACCGGCAAGGUGAAGUGCGCUUGAAGUGUUUGAAAGCCUUACAAAACCUCUACACAAACCGUGAACUGUUUCCAAAACUUGAACUCUUCACAAACCGCUUUAAGGAUCGUAUUGUGUCCAUGACCCUGGAUAAAGAGUAUGAUGUUGCAGUAGAGGCCAUCAGACUAGUGACGUUGAUCCUACAGGGUAGUGAGGAUGCUCUGUCCAAUGAGGACUGCGAGAACGUCUAUCAUCUGGUGUACUCUGCUCACAGGCCCGUGGCUGUGGCUGCUGGGGAGUUUCUACAUAGAAAGUUGUUUAGCAGACAUGACCCUCAGGCGGAGGAAGCCCUGGCCAAACGUAGGGGCAGGAGCAGUCCGAACGGAAACCUCAUCCGCAUGCUGGUCCUCUUCUUCCUGGAGAGUGAGCUGCAUGAGCACGCUGCGUAUCUGGUGGACAGUUUAUGGGAGAGCUCGCAGGAGCUGCUGAAGGAUUGGGAGUGUAUGACAGAGCUCCUGCUGGAGGAACCAGUGCAGGGUGAAGAGGUGUUAAUAGACAGACAGGAGAGCUCUCUGAUCGAGUUGACCGUCUGUACCAUUCGCCAAGCUGCAGAAGCCCACCCACCUGUGGGGAGAGGGACUGGGAAAAGGGUCUUGACUGCAAAGGAAAGGAAAACACAGAUUGAUGACAAAAACAAACUAACAGAGCACUUCAUCAUGGCUCUUCCUAUGUUGCUGUCAAAAUACCAGACAGACGCAGAGAAAGUUGCUAACCUACUUCAGAUACCGCAAUUCUUCGACCUGGAUGUGUACAGUGCUGGGAGAAUGGAGAAGCACUUAGAUGCGUUGCUUAAGCAGAUCAAAUUUGUGGUGGAGAAGCACACGGACACAGAGGUUCUGGAGGCCUGCAGCAAAACCUACAGCAUCCUGUGCAGUGAGGACUACACCAUCAUGAACCGCGUGGACAUCGGCAGGAGUCAGCUCAUCGACGAGCUGGCCGACCGUUUUAACCAUUCGGUGGAGGAGCUACUGCAGGCGGGUGAAGAAGCGGACGAUGAUGACAUCUACAAUGUUCUCUCAACACUAAGGAGACUCACUGCCUUUCACAAUGCUCAUGACCUGACCAGAUGGGAUUUGUUUGGGAACUGCUAUAGGUUGCUAAGGACGGGAAUAGAGCAGGGCUCUAUGCCAGAGCAGAUAGCAGUGCAGGCACUUCAGUGUUCCCAUUACUCUAUACUGUGGCAGCUGGUGAAAAUCACAGAGGGCGCUCCAUCCAAGGAUGAUCUUCUAGCACUAAGGAGAGUUGUCAAGUCAUUUUUGGCUGUAUGCCAGCAGUGUUUAUCAAAUGUCAACACACCGGUCAAAGAGCAGGCGUUCAUGCUGCUGUGUGACCUGUUGAUGAUCUUCAGUCACCAGCUCACCACAGGGUCCAGAGAGGGUCUACAACCUCUAGUCUUUAACCCAGACAGCACACUACAGAACGAGCUGCUCAACUUUGUCCUGGACCAUGUGUUUAUUGACCAGGAUGAUGAGAAUCAGAGCAUAGAAGGUGACGAGGAAGACGAAGCUAACAAGAUCGAGGCCUUGCAUAAGAGGAGGAACCUUCUAGCUGCCUUCAGCAAGCUUAUCAUUUACGAUAUAGUAGACAUGCCUGCCGCUGCAGAUAUCUUUAAACACUACAUGAAGUACUACAAUGAUUAUGGAGACAUCAUCAAGGAAACGCUAAGCAAGACCAGGCAGACGGACAAGAUACUGUGUGCCAAAACACUCAUUCUGAGUUUACAGCAGCUAUUUAAUGAACUGAUCCAGGAUCAGGGCCCUAACUUAGACAGGACCUCAUCUCAUGUCAGUGGCAUUAAGGAAUUGGCCCGUCGCUUUGCCCUGACCUUCGGAUUAGACCAGAUCAAGACCAGAGAGGCUGUGGCCACACUGCACAAAGAUGGAAUUGAGUUUGCCUUCAAAUAUCAGAAUCCGAAAGGACCGGAGUAUCCCCCUCCAAAUCUGGCUUUCUUAGAGGUUCUCUGUGAAUUCUCCUCGAAGCUUCUUCGCCAAGACAAGAAAACAGUGCACUCGUAUCUGGAAAAGUUCAUGACAGAGCAGAUGAUGGAGAGACGUGAGGACAUCUGGCUCCCGCUCAUCUCCUACAGAAACUCUCUGCUGACGGGUGGAGACGAAGAUCGCAUGUCCCUCACCAGCGGCAGCAGUAGCAGCAAAGCUGGUUCUGUACGUAGCAAGAAGGGCCGCCCAGCCGUGCACAAGAAACGCAUCGAGGAGGAGAGUGUGGAGAGCUCUUGGAUGAUGAGAAACGACACCUUACAGACCCCAGGAGGCCUGCCGGCCCCCCAGCUUACUUCCACCGUACUCAGAGAAAACCCUCGGCAAGCUGCCGAACACAUGCCUGAUCCGGACUCAGAGCCUGGUUCUGAAACAGACUACAUUCAUAAUCCUCAGAUGCAGAUGUCCUGGCUUGGACAGCAGAAGAUGGAGGAGGUGAACAGGAAAGAACGCACAGCCAUGAACUACAUGAAGCCCAGAAGUGGAGGAGUACGACAGACUGUACGUGGUCUCAUGGAGGACGACGCAGAGCCCAUUUUUGAGGACGUCAUGAUGUCUUCUCGUGGACAGCUGGAAGACAUCAGUGAGGAAUUCGAAGAUACUAUGGUGAUUGACCUGCCUCCAUCCAGGAACAGGCGGGAGAGAGCGGAGUUAAGACCGGACUUCUUUGAUUCGGCAGCCAUGAUUGAGGACGAGUCGGGUUUCACAAUGCCCAUGUUCUAAGGUGCCACAAUUGGAGGAGAAAGAGUGAAUAAGACGUUAUAAAGCGCGCACUGAGACGACAUUCACAAAGACGCAAACAUACUCCAGGAGUUAUAGCACUGACGCCCAGUUUGAGUGAUUCUGGAAUAAAGUUCUUAUCAAUCUUUUAUCAAUCACCUCAUCAGAGGAGCUUUUAUCCACAGAGAUUAUUUUAACUGAUACAGUCCAGUCAUAUCAGAUUUGGUGAAUUGUUCUGCCUAGCAGUGUUUCGACCAGCUCAUUUGCAUCACACUGGAUGGGAUUUACAUUGUGGUACAGAUUAUCAUGUAAGAAUGUACGGUCCCAUAUGUUCAAGUUGUACAUAUUUGUGUUCAUCCAUCCUACUGUGUAGAUGCCCUGUACAGUUAAAUAAUGAAGUCGCUUUUGGUAUCAGGUCAAAUAGUUUCUUCCACCCAAACCAGUAGUAAAUGUUGGUCAAACUUCAAUUUCUAAAUUUAUACUUAUAAGUAUACUCUUGAAUGAAAUGGAGGCAAGCAACAAUAUGAAAAUGAUAUAUAAUUGAUAUCAACUACAAAGCCCAAGGUCUUUUCAUAGUACACAUAGUCGGCCUGACUGAGCUUUACACAAUGUGUGUUUUGGCUUGCAAAAUCAUCUGAAUGGUCAGUUCUUUGUGUUUAUUUUCCAGUAGAUUUAGUUUUAAUGAGGUGAAGUUUAUUUGUGUGAAAUGUCUAUACAGGUCUGUUUAAACAUGCAGGUAUUCUUGUCUGAAUCAAACGGCAUAUCCUGCUAUUUCAUGUUUUAAGUGAGGCCUAAUCCAAGUAUUGUGACGCUGAAUGCCUCAGUUUAAGUGCUUUAUGGUCAUGUGAUGAAAAAGUGUUAUUCUGUCCACAACAUGAGUGUUGCCAUGAUUGUCAUUACUUCCCACCCCGAGCCCUGGUUAGUUUUGCUAGUGUACCUGUAAAUUGUACAAUUUCAAUAUAAAAUGGUUUUUCUUUUGUACAACUUAGAAAUGAUGUACCACUUUCCCUUUUAAUGGAAAACUGUUCUAAAACUUUUCUUCAGUGAACUUAUGGAAAAAGUCACUUUUUCAGAAAAAAAUUAAAUAUGUAAUCACGAA